AAGCAAAAAAUUACGAAAAAAAUAUAAUAAAAAAGAAAAAGUUUUGGAAAACAUAUCAACGAAAAAAAAUAAAAAAUUAUUACAAAAACGUGAACAUUGUGGUAAAAUAGUGAAAAAAAAUUUUUUUUUCAAGAAACUUCAUAUUAUUAAAUUUUCCAUCGUAUUAUUACUACAUAUCAAGAAAAAAAUAUUAACAACAAAAAGUUCAGCGAAACAUAUCUUGCCAACGAAAAAUUAAAUAAAAAAAUUAUUUUUUUUUAUUUAUGAACAUUUGAAGUGACGUUUAAUACGUGAGAAGCCAAAAAUAUUAAAGCAGAAAUAUCAGAGAAUUCUUCGGAAAAAUAAACAUAUCAGCCGGGAACUGACAAUCUGCUCAUCAUCCUGUUCCGUCAUCCGUUAACGCGAGAAAAAAAAAAUUUUUUUUUUUGAGGAACAAUGAAAAACUCCGUGACAGCUUUGGUAAUUUUCGCUGCAAUCAGUUUGUCGGCACUUAACGCAGUGACAUGGGCGGAUGAUAACCACAACAUAAAUCGAUUACUGAACAACCAGGUGAUUGUUAGUCGACAGAUUAUGUGCGUGUUAGAGAAGAGUCCCUGUGAUAACUUAGGACGACAGCUAAAAGCUGCUCUACCGGAAGUCAUUCUACGUAACUGCAGAAAUUGCUCGCCGCAACAAGCGCAAAAUGCACAAAAAUUGACGAAUUUCUUGCAAACACGCUAUCCAGAUGUGUGGGCUAUGCUAAUUCGCAAGUAUCGGGGCGUCUAAAGCCACACACAACGAAUUGUAAUUUGAAAAUUGAAUGAAAUAAAGUGUAAAA